ACCUGUAGUCUUGGCUUUUCGGAAACAUCAAAGACAUCGCCGGUUCGUUUCGAGAUCUGGGAUGAAACGAAAAGUGAAGCAUAUGUUGUGCAUCCAGUUGAUGAAACUGCCCGAAUAAGAUGGAUACAACAACUUUAUAGGAUAGUUGGUGCCCGAGUGACCGACCGUGAUCGAUUGAACCACCAUCAGCAGCAGCAGCAGCAGCAUCGACCAGCACGACCGCAAUCCUGGGCUUCUACUAUCUCCAAUGAAAGUACCCGUUCAUCCACAGAUACAGCUACAGACAGUAGUGUCAUGGAUGGUAACGGGAACAAUAAUAACCAAAUUGGUGAAUGCUGCUCUUCACUCAGUUCCGGAUCACCGACAUUCGUCCCCGUUAGUACAUCAGAAGAUGAUCCAGACAACAACGUGAACCCCACUGAUCCAGUAAUGCAAACUCGUUCGUUCAGCUGUCCUGAGAAUCUGAUGAUUUAUUACAAUGUAUCCGCUGCUGUUAUGGUUUUUCAGCUUUGGUUACUUGCGGUUUCUUCCUAA